AUGUUAAACAUAUCUUGUUACACUGACUGUUCUAGUAUUAAUACAACAUCUUGCGAAUUCUUUCCCCCACCAGAUCCAGUCAAUGAUACAGCCGGACUUGGUGAAAAUAUCUACGACGAGGAUGGUUGCUUUAAUGUACAAGAUUACUACACAGUGUACAUGAAGAUUACACAUAAACAGGUUUCCAAAAUACUGUCUGUAAUAAUGAUGGCGGCGGGAAGCAUAGGGUUCAUGGGUAAUAUACUCGCUAUCUUUCUACUUUCAAGGACGGAAAUGUGGAAUUGCUUCAGCCAGAUACUCAUCUCAAUGAUUUGUUUCGACAGCCUGCACAUCAUAUUCUCCAUCCUUGAAACUAUCAGAAACAAUUUUGAGGCAUCUUAUCCUGAACUCCUUCUUCAGGUCUUCCCUUACUUCCACUAUCCACUACUCAGGGUUACCCUCUGCGCCUCCAUCUUCCUGCUGAUAGGAACUGGAAUAGAAAGAUAUCUGGCCGUGUGUAGACCACACCACUACCAUUCGGUUCAAGAUCAGAGCCUGCGUUCCCUAAACUAUAUUCUACCAAGUAUACUUGCGGCCAUAGUAAUAAAUAUACCCAGGCUGUUUGAUAUUGAAGUUGUAACAAACUGCGUGGAUCAUACCAGCUGUGGGUGUGAUCGGUCAGAGUGGAUAAGUGUUCGGCCAACAAAGCUCCGAAAAAGCUGGAACUACACUGUAUACUUCCAUACCUGGACCUGGAACCUAGUAACUGGUAAUCCUUUGGUUGGGAUCAGUUUGGGUAAAGGUCGAUUAAGAACUGGAUAA